AUGGCGCAAGCAACACCGAAUCGAUGGCUUCGCUUGCUCUCUGCACUUGUUUUGACACGUACGCUGGGACUUGAACCGAUGCCGCUGCGAAAAGCACCAACGGCGCGCCGAGCAGUCCUCCAGCACACCACUGCAGCCUUGCUCGCAGCCGCCGCGGCACCUGCAUACGCAAACAUCGGCGGCGCCGACUACGUCAUCGGCGGCGCCCGCCUCGCCGAAUCCAUAUCCAGUGGAGAAGGCCAGGUCGAGGCGCGGCUGCCGCGCGACCAGGCCGAGGCCCUGGCGCGGGCGGCCACGGACUACGGGAGCAUCGGCGAGGCCUUCGCUGCCGAGGACGGCGCGGCGGCCCAGCAGGUCCAGGCCUACUUUCGAAAUGGAGGCGGCUACGACGCGCUCGCCGACUCGAUACAGGCCGUCACCCAGAACAAGGAGGCCUACCCCAAGUCCGUGCGCAAGGCCGGCGGCGCCUUCCUCGCGGCGACGGCGGCGACGCUCGAGAGUUAUAAUACCGGCGACUUCGAAAAAGCGCUGGUCCAGUACGAGUCCGCGCUCACAAUUCUCGCGGGCUACUGCGCGCGCGUGGGCGUCGUGGCGGGCGCGCCCGUCGCGAAGCCGGCGAAGGGGCCCGUGACGCGGCGGACGUACCUGCCGGGGCCGUUCCAACUAAUGUGA